UGAAUUACUGUUGGAAAUGUACUAUUGUAAUUCUGCUCUGAAAAUAACUAUUUGUUUGUUAUUAAAUAUAUUUAAAACAAAGCAGUAUGUUAAGAUAUCCUAUUCUUGAUUGCAGAAAACAAAUAUGUAAAAGGAUUGCUGAUGCUGUUGGUAUAUUUUCAGAAGCAAACUAUGAUACUUUAAAUUCCAAAUUGCGUCUACAACAUAAAUGUGAACAUGAUUUGUCUUCUGUUUAUUUUCAUAUUUCUACUGACGAUCUUAAAUCUCUUAAUGUUCCUAAUAUUUAUAAUAUUUUACAUAUGGAGUGUGAUACUUCUGUUAAACAAAUCUCAAAAAACUCGAUUGAAGGAAAAGAAAAUAUUAUUUUUCAAGUUGACAAAAAUGAGCUUUAUACCUCAGUUUUAAAAUCAUCAUUGAAUUCUAAUGAAGGUGAAGUUUUGAGAUAUUCUCCUAAAAACAAUAUAUUGAUCGAUUUUAGUUCACCUAAUAUUGCGAAACCCUUUCAUAUGGGCCAUUUAAGAUCAACUAUUAUUGGAAAUUUUGUUGCCAAUGUUAUGAGCUUAUCAAGUAAUGUUAUAAGAUUAAAUUAUCUUGGAGAUUGGGGGACUCAAAUUGGAUAUGUCAAAAUAGGUUUGGAUUCCUUGAAUGUCCCAGAUGUUCUUCUUCUUAAAAAUCCAAUGAAAGAGUUAUAUAAAGCUUACAGUUUAGCCUACAAUAAAGAAGAUUCAUUAGAUAAGGCUAAGGAAAUAUUUGCUGAAUUAGAAAAAAAUUCAUCAGACUGGACUGAAGAAUGGAAAAAAAUUAGAUUAACGACAGUAAAACAUUUGAAGGAAAUGUACAGUUCAUUGGGAAUUUCAUUCAACGAAUACUUAUAUGAAUCAGAUUAUCGUGCACAAAAUAUUUCUCAUGUUACUGAUCACAUGGAUGGUAUUGGAUUGAUUAGUAAAAAAGGAAAUUGUUUGGCAAUGGAAAUGGAUGGCAUAGAAAUACCUUUAUUUAAAAGUGAUGGAACAACCUUGUAUUUAAUGAGAGACAUCGCUUCUGCUCUAGAUCGCAUUAAUAAAUAUGAUUGUGAUACUCUUAUGUAUGUUGUUGAUAAAAGUCAAUCUGAACAUAUGAGUAGGCUUAAAUUUGCCAUUUCUAAAUUAGUAGACAAAAAUAUAGUGCACGUACCAUUCGGGAGAGUCACUGGAAUGAGUACGAGAAAAGGCACAAGUAUUUUUCUUGCAGAUAUAUUAAAUGAAGCUGUUAAUAUAAUGGCUCAACAACAAGUCAAGUCACCAAACACUAGAAGUUCCGACUCAGAAGUGACUAGAGUUCUUGGCAUAACCUCUUUAUUGGUAUAUGUUUUAAAACACAGAAGGGAUCGUAAUUUUCUGUUUAGUUGGCAAAAUGCUCUACAGGCUACAGGUGAUACAGGAAGUAAACUGCAGUAUACUCACUGUCGAUUGUGCAGCUUAGAAGAAAAUUGCGGUGUUCUUUUGCCCAAAGAGAUUAAUGCAACAGUUCUCAUGGAACCAAUUGUGUUUGAACUUAUGUAUGAAUUGACAAGGUUUCAGGAUGUUAUCAAUAGCUGCCAAAAUGAAUUAGAGUCUUCUUACUUAGUGAAUUAUGUAUUUAAAUUAUGUAACACUGUGAAUCGUUGUUUAAAAAAUUUGCCAGUAAAGGGACAGCCUUCAGAUAUUGCUGAGCAACGAUUGUUACUUUUCCAUACUGCUAAAACGUUUCUACAUUCAUCAAUGAAGAUUCUUGGUUUACAGCCUCUUAAUAAAAUGUAGAUUUUACUUAAUUUUUUUUACAUAUUUAUUUUAUUUUCCCUAUUAUGAUUUAUAGAAUUCAGUAACAGCUGAUUUGUAUUUUUAGUUUGAUCAAUGUUACAGAUUAUCCUCAUUAAAUUAGGAGAGAUUUCAAAGACCAUAUUCAUUUAAGAAUAGGGUUAAUGUUUUCAAAUAAAAC